AUGUUGGAUAAUACCAACAUGAAAGGUAAAGUUGCUCUAGUCACAGGAGGAUAUAGUGGCAUUGGAUACGAGACUGUUUUACAAUUGUUGAAAUGGAAUUGUAAAGUGGUGAUUUGUGGAAGGAAUAAGACUAAAGCAACCAAUGCGAUUGAAAAAUUGAAAUCAACCAACUCAUUUGAUCCCAACAACUUAUCGUUCAUUGAGAUGGAUUUGGAUAACCUAUUGUCAGUUAAAAAGGCAGCUGAAUUGUUUGAAAAAACAUUUGAUAGAUUGGAUUUCUUAAUCAAUAAUGCUGGCUUGUAUAACCGUCGGUUUAAUCUAACGGGAUAUAAUAUCGAAAGCAAUUUUUCAGCAAAUUUCCUUGGCCACUUUUACUUGACACAUCAGCUUUUGAAUGUAGUAAAGAAGACUGGUGGAAGGAUAAUCAAUGUUUCCAGUAUUGCACACUUCAAAUAUAACCCGGAUACUGAUCCUAUAUUUGAAAACAAGUCUACCUUAUCAUUAGUUCCAAACUUCUACAACUCAUAUUACGGAAGAUGUAAAUUGCUUAACGUGGAUGCCAAGAACGUUCUGUGUGUGAGUUUGGCGCCAGGCGUGGUCCUAACGCCAAUGAUGAUGCCACUUAGUAGAAGAAUAUUCUUCUCAGUUCCACGUUUCAUGGGCCCACUGAUAAUGAAACGCCCCGUAGAUGGAGCAGCAACAACUCUGUAUCUUUGCGCAGUGGAUAGAAGCAGAUUGAUAGCCGGAGCUUACUACGAUAACAUGAGGUUGGCCUUUGUCAGCAAAUACGCACACGACUACGAUCGUGAAGAGAAGCUCUACAGCUUUACAGAGGAGCUUAUUAAAUCACACAUAAAGUGA